AUGGGUUCCCACGCUGCGCCUAACAUUGACGUGAUUCUUGGUCAAUUGACGUUGCAAGAAAAAAUAUCCCUGCUGGCAGGGAAAAACUUUUGGGAAACUGUUGACGUUCCUGAAAAGGGUGUUCCCUCAGUGAAGGUGUCUGAUGGACCAAAUGGUGCUCGAGGUGCAACUUUCAAGAAUGGACCGACCGCCGCUUGUUUCCCAGCUUCUUGCUUACUAGCGUCCACCUGGGACCUGGAAGCAGCAAAAGAGAUCGGAAAUGCAUUGGCGGAGGAAACCCAAUCAAAGGGUGCAAGAGCGCUCUUGGCCCCGACGGUCUGCCCCCACCGUCAUCCUCUCGGUGGUCGCAACUUCGAGUCUUUCUCCGAAGACCCUCUGCUAGCCGGUAAAAUGGCUGCACAGUAUAUCAAUGGCCUACAGGAGAAGGGCGUGGCUGCAACAAUCAAGCAUUUCGCCGCGAAUGAACAAGAAACUUGCCGUUUCACGGUCAAUGCUCACAUUGCCGAGCGAGCUCUUCGCGAAAUCUAUCUCAAACCUUUUGAGAUUGCCAUCAAAGAAGCCAAUCCCAUGGCAGUCAUGACUUCUUACAAUAUUCUCAACGGAGAUCACGCUGACUCAAGCACUUAUCUGCUAAAGAACGUUCUUCGUGACCAGUGGGGAUGGAAAGGCCUUGUUAUGAGUGACUGGGGUGGCACGAAUUCGACUGCCGGCUCUCUGGAGGCGGGACUUGACCUUGAAAUGCCCGGUCCCACCAAAUGGCGAACUAUAGACGCAGUCGUUGAGGAUAUCAAGGCUGGAAAGGUCUCCGAGGCAACAAUCGAUGCUCGCGCCCGCAAUGUGCUUGAGUUCCUGGCGAAGCUACGAUGCUUCGAGGAUCCGUCUAUUCCGGAAGAAAGAUCUAUCAACAAACCAGAGCACCAACGACUCAUUCGCUCUGUUGGUGGUCAAGGAUUAGUGCUGCUUAAGAACGCGGGUGGCAUUCUUCCUCUGAAGAGGGAGCAGCUUUCAAAGAAGAGGGUUGCUCUGCUAGGUUUCGCUAAGCAAGGCUUGGCCCAUGGCGGAGGCAGUGCGUCUGUCAAUGCUCACUACCGCGUGACCCCCGAAGAAGGUCUCCGUGCUGCGCUUGGCGAAGAAGUUGAGUUUGAAUACGCACAAGGCGCCCAUACCUUCCGUCAAUUGCCUUUGAUGAGUGAAAUGGUUGUUGACCGAGACGGUCAGCCUGGAUGGACUCUGGACUUUUUCAUGAAUGAGGAUGCAACUGGAGAACCCUCUUCUUCCCAGCACUCCGACGUCCCCACUUAUAUGCCUCUCUUUGUCAAAGAAGCUUGGGGUAGCCUCAAGGCAACUGCUCGAUUCACACCCACACAGAGCGGUCGUCACUAUCUUGGCAUGUCAGGACUGGGACGUUCCCAAAUUCUCAUCAAUGGUCAGACAGUGUAUGAGCAGAAAUCUAAUUGCCCUGACUCGAUGGCAUUCCUCCUGGGAGGAGUCAAAGAGCCUGAAGUCAUAUGGGAGUUUGAAACAGGCCAAACCUAUACUAUGGAAGUCAUAACUCUCAAGCCGUCCAAGAGUGGCGGUCUUUCUCUUCUCGAUGGACUUAUUGGGUUCCGCGCUGGCUUCAUGACCGAGGAAGAACACAAUAGGGAUCUACUCUCAGAGGCCGUCGAAGUCGCUAAGCGUUCGGAUUUGGCAAUCGUUUUCACUGGUCACACUCCAGAUUGGGAGACCGAAGGGCAGGAUCAAGCCAGCUUCAAUCUUCCGAGCAAUGGCUCGCAGGAUCGUCUGGUGGCCGCCGUCAGUUCUGCGAACAGCGAAACUGUCGUUGUCAACUGCACUGGUGUGGCUGUCAGCAUGCCUUGGCUCGACAACGUCAAGGCAGUUGUUCAGGCCUGGUUUCCCGGCCAGGAAGCCGGCAAUGCAAUUGCAGAUGUCUUGACAGGCGCUGUGAACCCCUCUGGUCGUCUGCCGGUCUCUUUCCCUCGUAGAAUCGAGGAUGCUCCUGCUCAUGGCAAUUUCCCAGGUGAAUACGUUGAUGACCAGCUCAAUGUCACGUACGAAGAAGGCAUCUUCGUGGGCUACAGGCAUUACGACCGGUCUGAGAAACAUCGCUCACAGGUGCUUUUCCCAUUCGGAUAUGGCCUCUCUUAUACUUCUUUCGAUCAUACCAACCCGAGCAUCUCCGUCUCCGACAGCUCUGAAAACAUUGAAGUUGCAAUCCAAGUGACUAACACCGGCUCAUGUGCUGGCGCAGACGUUGUUCAAGUCUAUGCUGGGGCCAAGUUGGCAUCUAGUGAGAACCCUGUCAAGGAACUAGUGGGAUUCUCAAAGGUGUGGCUCAAACCAAGCGAGAGCAAGACUGUUUCCGUCAAUUUCAAAACCCGCCAGCUUGCACACUUCAGCGAGAACACUGAGAGGUGGGAGCUGGAGGAAGGCGCUUAUGAAGUAUCUAUUGGACGGUCCGUCCAAGAUAUUGUGAGCAAGCUGGCUGUGUCUGUCAGUGCUAAAACUUACAAGCUGUGA